CAGGCCCUCUGCAUCCAAGUUGCGUUCGUUUUUGCGGUUGACUGCUGCACCGCUCUCCGUGUUGAUCACGAAAAAAACCAAUCAUCUUGAAUGAGUAUUAUUUUUUUUCAAGUAAGCAAUCAAUUUGAUUUUGUGUUAUAAAGUGUCAAGAACGCAAAAAUAUGUCAACGAGAUCAUUGCGUUCACGCUCGAGGAGCGUUUCUAGCGAAACUUCUAAUUCUUCAUGGAGUCGUAGGUCCGCAAAAAGUGAUAAAUCCAAUGAAGAUAAUGAAUCGGGAGUUGGUUCUGUGAGAGCUGACGACGAUAUAGCCAACGAUUCGUUCACUGCCAGAGAAAGCAGUGACGACGAUGCUGGUUCCGGGUCUGAUAAUAACGAUACCCAAAAUGAUGGAGAUUCUUUUGAUAGUUUUUCCGAAGAUGAUGAAAAGCAAAGACCCAAGAAAAAGCCAAAAAAGUUAGUUAGUGAUUUCAUUUUACAAGAAGCAGAAGUUGAUGACGAUGCAGAAGAUGAAGAAGAAUGGGAAGAUGGUGCCCAUGAACUAGGUAUCGUUGAAAAUGAAAUUGAAGAGCUGGGUCCAACUGCAAGGGAUAUCGAAGGCCGCAGAAGAAUCUCUAACAUGUGGGAUUCACAAAAAGAGGAAGAAAUUGAAGAAUACCUUCGAAAUAAAUAUGCGAGCGAAGCUGCUCAUUCGAAAAGAUUUGGAGAUGGGGGAGAAGAUAUGAAUAAUGAAAUAACUCAAAAAACAUUGUUACCGGAUGUCAAGGAUCCUAAUCUUUGGUUAGUCAAGUGUCGCAUUGGUGAAGAAAAUGCUACAAUUUUACUGUUGCAUCGAAAAUACCUAACUUUUGAAGAUACAGAUGAAGCACUUAAAAUAAAAAGUGCAGUUGCCCCUAGAGGAAUUAAGGGCUUUAUUUAUGUUGAGGCUUAUAAACAAGUUCAUGUUAAAGCUGCAAUUGAAAAUAUAAGUACAUUGAAAAUGGGUUAUUGGCAACAAAAAAUGGUACCAAUCAAAGAAAUGACAGAUGUAUUAAGAGUCACAAAUCGUGUUAAUUUGAAACCUCUUCAAUGGGUACGAAUUAAAAGAGGACUUUACAAAGAUGACAUUGCUCAAGUAGACUAUGUUGAUGUUGGGCAAAAUAAAGCUCACUUAAAACUUUUACCUAGAAUAGAUUAUUUAAAAUUACGAGGGGCAUUAAGGUUGAUGUCUGAUGAAAAAGAUGAACCAGUAAAGCGUAAGAAAAAAGGUAGCAGACCAGCACAGAAGCCUUUUGACCCAGAAGCAAUUCGUGCAAUUGGUGGUGAUAUUACAAGUAGUGGAGACUAUUUAGUAUUUGAAGGAAAUCAUUACAGUCAUAAAGGCUUUCUUUACAAAGAUUUCAAUUUAAAUGCAAUAGUAUCAGAUAGUGUUAAACCUACCUUAUCUGAAAUUGAAAGUUUUGAAGAAAAUCCAGAGAAUGUAAACCUUGAAUUGAAUCAAAAUGAUCCUUUUACAAGUCAAAGAGGAAUUGUAACUCAUUCAUUCAGCGUUGGUGACAAUGUUGAAGUCUGUGAAGGGGAAUUAGCUAACUUACUUGGCAAAGUUAUUUCUGUUGAUGGAAAUUCUGUUCAAGUUGCAGCAAAUCAUGAACAAUUAAAAGAGCCAAUAGAAUUUCCUGUAAGGGAAUUGAAAAAAUAUUUUGUCAUUGGUGACCAUGUCAAGGUACUCUCUGGCAAAUAUGAAGGAGACACAGGAUUGAUAGUUAGAAUAGAAGGAAAUCGAGCAGUUUUAUUUUCUGAUUUAUCUAUGCAUGAGCUCGAAGUUCUUACAAGUAACUUACAGCUAUGUCCUGACAUUGCUACAGGCGUCGAUAGUCUAGGAAAAUUUCAAUGGGGUGAUAUGGUACAAAUAGAUCCUCAAUCUGUUGGAGUAAUUGUCAGAUUGGAGCGUGAAAAUUUUCAACUGCUUACAAUGCACGGUCGAUUAAUAGAUGUUAAACCUGGGAGUAUUUCUAAGUACAGAGAGAACAAAAAUACCCUUGCAUUGGAUUGUCAGCAAAAUGCUAUUAGAAGAAAAGACAUUGUCAAAGUUGUUGAAGGCUUACAUGCUGGAAGACAAGGAGAAAUUAAACAUUUGUAUAGAAGUUUUGCGUUUCUUCACUCAAAAAUUUACAUUGAUACUGGUGGAAUGUUAGUUUGUAAAACAAGACAUUUGCAAUUAGUUGGUGGUAGUAAAAGCGACUCUGUAGUAAACUAUACUACUCCGAUAUUCAUGUCACCUGCACGAUCUGAAAGAAGUGUAGAUGAAAAUAAUGACAAAAAUAAAGGCCGAAAUUAUACUCGUAUCGGUAAUUUGGGUCCUAGCCGCGAUCGAAAAAUUAUCGGACAUACUAUUAAGAUAACAGGUGGUCCUUACAAAGGAAAUAUCGGAUUUGUCAAAGAUGCAACCGAAUCAACAGCUCGAGUUGAACUGCAUUCACCCUGUCAGACAAUAUCAGUCGAUCGAUCGCACAUAUUUAGUAUAAGUCAGCCUGAUACAGCAAAUCAAGAUCAAAAUCUUAGUACUCCAAUGUAUAGAGAAUAUGGGAAAAAAACUCCAUCGCAUCCAAGUGGUUCACAGACGCCUAUGCAUGGUUCACAAACACCGAUGCACGGUUCACAGACACCUCUAUACGAAACUGGCAAUCGAACACCCUACUACGGAUCAAUUACGCCGCAACAAGAUGGUUCUCGUACUCCAAACCCUACUGGAGCAUGGGAUCCUACGGUUUCUAACACGCCAGCUAGAAGCAGUGAAUAUGAUGACAGGGAUGGAAACAAUGAUAGUAUGGAAGAUGUCCCAUUCUCACCAUAUCAAGAAUCUCAAACAUCUUCCAUGGCUACUCCAUACGAUCCUGCUAACGCGAGCUUUGACACCCAGAGUGAAAGUCCUAGUGUUACACCAAAUAUAGAUUUCCAUUACUCCGAAUCGCCGGCGUCACCCACCGGAUUAACUGAUGCAAGUCCUCAAAUUGAUUACUCACCAUUUAAUUCAACAGCGGAUCAACCGUCAUCUCCAAUGGAAAAUAAUACGUCAGAAGUCAAUGUUGCAGACAAUAAAGAUACCGAACCUCCAUUUUACGGAUCUCCUGCCUCUCCAGAAGCUAAUGACAAUGAUACCGAACCUAAUUUUAAUGGAUCUCCUGCUUCUCCAGAAAUGAAUGAUCAUAAUGAUACCAAACCUAUUUUUUAUGGGUCUCUUGACUCUCCAAAUGUUAAUGGCAAUAAUGAUACCGAACCUACUUUUUAUGGAUCACCGGCUUCUCCUGAAUUUAAUGACCAAAAAGACAUUAAACCUAUUUUUUAUGGAUCUCCUGCUUCUCCAGGCAGCUAAAUUUAGCAUACUAAUUUUUUUACCUAAAAGUUAGGUAUUUACUUUUUUUUAUUAUAUUUCAUUAGAAGAGAAGUUUGUUUCAAUUACUUAGUCAUUUAUGUUUGUU